UAUUACAUUUAUUACCGAAGGGUGAUAUGAGUAGCGCUUUGCUUUGAUGUUUCCUUUGUAAAGACAGCCAAAAGAGAUCAGCAGUCAAUCGUUCUUAACAUACAUGUUUAAAUUUUGUUGAAAUUAGAGAAUUCAGUUUUCAGUUUGCCGCAAAACUGCUUCCGCAAUGCAUCCAUCCCCAGUUAAAUUGACUUCUUUCCUACUUCUUUCGGUUUUUGCUUUUGUCAGAGGUGCAAACGUAACGGACGUAGCGUUGGUACAAUUUUAUCUAUGGGGCGCUAAGACACCAACCAGUCUGCAGUUCGCAGCCCCCGUUAUGGCUAAGGGAGAGAACGAUCUGGCACCGUACAAGGGUGUUUUAAAUAUAACACGAGUCCUCAUCUACGACCGCAAUGUGACGACGUGCUACGAGAUUGACAAAAAAGCAACAUUUUGGGCUACGCGCUACUAUUACCGUGAGGCUGUUGGAAAUCCCGUUACUGGAAUAUUCGGCCCCGGAUGCCCAUCUGCAGCGUUAUCUGUGGCUCCUUUGGCAAGAGCAUGGAAUAGACCGAUGCUAGCCACGACAUGGGGAGAUUACGCUUUUUCCAACAAGAGGCGUUUCCCAACACUGACCAACUUCUCUCCCUAUAUUGACUACAAUCUGAACAUGUUCAUAUUCAGAUUGCUGAAUUAUUUCAGCUACAACACUGUGGGAAUAUUGUGUGAUGAUGCCAACGACAAUUUGUCCCUUUAUGUUCCAGUGUGCACAAAUAUGUUUGAUACACUUCGUCUGACGUAUAAUUUUAGCGCGAGCCGGUUUUACGUGAAUGCGACUGACGAAAACAAUGUGAAACAUUACCUCGAAGAGAUUAGAUCUAUAGCUCGGGUUGUCAUCAUCAUUGCCCACGGUGACCGGAUCCGUCCAAUCAUGCUAGCAGCCUUCGAUAAGCAGAUGACGGGGGGCGAUUAUGUCUAUUUCACAAUUGAGCUAUUUCAAAGCACAAAGUUUUUCGGUAGUAUUGCGUGGAAUACCGGGGAUGGCGACAAGCGUGAUGCGGAUGCCCAAACCGCCUUCCGUUCCCUCUUCAAAAUAUCUCUCCGUAGCCCGGAGGCCACGCCCGAAUACCAUAAUGUUACGGAUGAAAUAAAACGACUGUCAAAAACAAGAUUUGACUACACAUACGCAACUGGAGAAGACGUCAAUCCAUUCGCCAUGGCGAACUAUUACGCCCUUGCUGCUUACGCGCAGGUGCUAAACGAAACCAUAGCGUACGGAGGAAAUCCCAAUGACGGGGCUAAUACGAGCAGAGUGAUGUGGAAUCGCACCUUCACCAUAUUAGGGCAAGAUAUCCCCAUUAACGAUAAUGGCGAUCGCGAGGCGGAUUGGACACUCCACCAAAUGAAUGCUGAAACGGGAACGUUUAUGCCUGUGUUGGAGUAUUCUGCCAAGCGUAAAGUUUUGGAACCUUCUCGUGAACCAGAGAAUCACAGCAUCCGCCAAAUUGUUUGGUACAAGCGUGACAGUCCGCCUCCAAACGAACCGAAAUGCGGCUAUCGUGGAAUCAAACGGGCGUGCGAAGCUACCAAGGAGCAUAAUCAAUAUCAGCAGCUGGUGGCCGCUGUCGUGAACUUGUUUGAAGUGAUCAAAGGAAUGUUAGCAUAAUUGCACUUUCCUCGGACCCACAAAAAACCAAUUUUUCCAUUUAAAACAAUCCAUUUGAAAUGGACUCAGUGUGGGUCCACUGUGGGAGCUGUGCAAUUAGCUGGCAAAAAAGAAGUAAUUUUACCAGCCAGAAGUCUUUCAAAGGUUAAUUUUGUGGACUGCUGCGCAUGUUGCAGAGAACUCUGUUCCUUCUACAGACACCUGUUCAUGUUUUGCACGUCAUUGUAGUUUUAGUAACGACACCUCAUUACGUAACAUCUGUACUGCAAAACUUUUGCAGAGCAACCUAUACAGGAAGACUUAAUAAUAAUUAUUAUCUCUG